CAGCUGUGUUAUGCAUGUGAUUCAUGUCUGCAUCUACUACUGUCGAUUAUAUCAGCUUAUCCCCCUUGCUUCGACUGCUGUGCUUUUCGUCUUAGAUCUAUAAACACAACACACCUUAAAAUUAGAUUUGUUUACAUGUUAUUCAACUCGUUUACAGGGGACUCUCGGUUAUUUCCUGGAUACAGGCUAUGAUGAUGGGACUGCGGAUGAUCGUUACAUUGCUCCUGCUAGGACUCUCGCAGCCGAUACACUGUGCUGUGAUGAGACUAGACUAUGGCGUUGUGGGAUACUAUUUUGACAUCGAGUUCACGCAAGGAAUGUUUGAAAAAAUUCUGACCCAUCUAAGUGACCCAAGGGCAAACGUAGUUACGAUGGAUGGGGCAGACAAAAAAGGAUUAACUUUCACCGUUCAGUCUGUUGGUAUAGAAUACAGUCAUGAGCCAACGAGCAAUGCAGAGACCCCUAAAUACAUUUGUGAAUACUAUUCGAAAGACAGGUCGUUCAAAUGUCGAAGAAUUCAGGUCUUAAUGACAUGCCCCGCCUCGCAAAAUACGGACUUGUUUGGCUUAAAGUUGAAACCUGGGGAGUUCUUUAAUGACACCUCAUUGUCUAGCACUACACGUACUUGCAAGGGUGAAUCCGAUUCUGUUUGGUCUAUCACAUUUUACAAGAAGAUUGAAGAAAAGCGAGAUCCCAUAGAUUUUAACUCUGACAACGCACUUGAAGAGCAAAGGAUGUUCAGAACUACCCCGGGGUUAAAUUACGACGAUACCCUGUCAGAUUUUACCGGCGUAGAGACUUCCUCUUUAAAAAAUGUCCAUACAACAGAAAGUAAAGAGGUGGCUUCCGAUGCCUCUGUGGCUGUGAUAGUUGCUUCCAUCGUAGUGGCUUUGAUCGUGAUAACUGGUGCCUCUGUGUUAAUUUACUGUCUUGUUUGUAGAAGGAGACAAAGAAGAAGUUCAAAUUUAAACCCUUCAGGGAAGACAAUCCCGCGAUACGAAGAAGUUCGGUUUUUACCAGAUAAUGAAAUGCCACACCCCGGAAGUAAUACCAACGGUAAUCAUGUUAAUUUCAGUGGGGUUAAUUGUGGAAGACCCCACCCCGGAAGGAUUAAUGAUGGUAACUUCAGCGGAAUAAGCAACAUUUACAGUUACCCAUUUCCUUACAGCGUGAAUAAGAAACAGGAUAAAAAACCAAAUGGUGAUAUCCCAAACGACCCCAGCCUAUCUGAUUACAGCAAUCCCGUGGACAGCUAUUAUGAUCCCCGUCAAAUCAAUUCAAACAGUGGUGACAAAUAUACAGAACUGGAGUCGUCUUCUCUUUCUUGUAAACGCGCAUUCUGGAAAAGGAAAAAGUCGGAUUAUGCACCAGAAACAUCAGAAUAUAGUAACCCAGACGACAGUUACCACGUUCCGAGAAGUUUACAUGAUUCUGAAAUCUCUUCCUGUAAUAAUUACACUAAUAAAUACACAGAAUUAGAGAGUACUACUUACUCUAUGAAUGAUCAAGAACUUCCUUAUAAACUCAGCAACACCCCGCCAGUGUACAGUGAUCCUAAGGUGGGUGCUCCGGAAAAAAAUAAAAAGAAAGACACUCUGUCUAUUCAUGAGUACAACAAGUUAGGAGAAGAAACGAAAGAAUUAAUGCAUGAAUAUGAUCACCUAGAAGACAACUCGAAAUAAACAGACAAAGGUAAAGCUUAUUCUCAGUGUAGUACCAUGUACAACUGUAAUGAUAAACUACUAAACCAAAGAGCUAUGUGGGAUUAUAUGUGUUCUUACUGACCUACAGUCUUGGCUAAAUAAGAUCCUUUCACAUGUUUAAAAAUGCUUAACCCUUGAGUUGGAUAAAUGACUUGGUCUGACAUUUGAACUGCUAAACUUGGACAAGUCAUACUUGAUCUGAAUAACUCUACUGAUUAGGGUAAUGUAUUUAUUAUCUCUAUUGAAUAACACAAUGUGUUCCAAUUAUAUGUAUGAAUGAAUAUUGAAAGUGUUUCCACGAAAGAUGUGAUUCCAUUUUAAAGUGUUGAUAAAGACUCAUCAAUGUGUCUCACUAAGUGUCAUCCCAGGACAAUUCACUAAAAGGUCUAUUAAAAAUUGUAACCUUGUAUUGUAUCUCAUUAGAAAGCUAAACACCAUUUGUUUUCUAUUCGUUCCUGAUACUUGGAAUUCAAGUCAUGCUUGGCACGGCAGUACGAGUCGGAACUAUUCUGCUCGUAAUUGUAGCAAGUGUAGCCUCACAAACAAAUCCCCAAAACACAGCGUCCAAUGGUCAAAGUAUCUCUGAUGAUUCAGUUGAUUGUCUGCAUAAAAGAAUCCUGUUAACAUGUGAAAUUUUUACAAAUGAAACUAAUGAUAAAACAUCAACACCAGAGCUGGAAUUUCCUGAACUCAACACUAGUUGUGAAGUACUAGACUCAUCCUCUCGGGAAACCUUUAACGUCUCGUGUGAAUCUCGUUGUAAUAUAUUCUUACGCUUCACGUGCAUUGACAGCCAGACGAUUUUCGCAAACAGCAGUCAGAUAUUUCAGUGUUUUUUUUCGGAUACCUCAAACUUAGAGCCUAACGAUAACAAGUCUUCUACCAUCUAUUUCAUUUCAUGUUCAGAUAAUUUAAACGACUCGUUCAUCAAAAACACAACAGCGUACAUCCAGCCUCACGAGGCUUUGUCCGACAGUACAAUCGGAAUCAUUGUCGGCGUCGUCUUAGGUUCGGCUACAAUCGUCAGCAUCGUGGUAGUUCUCGCUUGGAGAAGAAAAAAGCAGAAGUCUAUUAAAAAACGCGCUGUGGCGCCCCCUAAGUCCUAUUUGUGCAAUGAUAUUACAAAGCCAUCUUCUAACAUGACCAAAGAUGGUAAAAACAAAGAUGGUACUAGUUCAUGGAUAACAAAUACUAAAGAAGACAGAACAAAGGAGAGGAGCGUGUAUUCAAAUGUUGUAUCCAACGGUCAGGACAAUUUAUCAUUUGAACAGGAAUUGGAUAAUGAAGAUGGACUUACGUAUGAAUUGCCAGACUUGUUAAAGCAAGAGAACAAAUCAUCUAAAGUUAUAACUAGUUUAAAUAACAACAUUUCCGGGGACGGUGUAGAAACUAUCGACUCGAACUCUAGGUCUACAUCAAAACUCCAAAACUCUUCAGAAAAUUACGGCCGGAUUAUUUCGGGAUUUAACCACGACAAACUAUACGAAGAUAUCCCCUCGGAUAUUUCCGCCAGUGCUUCGGUAACUCCCGAUCCCAGAAAUAGGGCCACGUUCCCACUAAGCAAUAGCAAAACCACGUUGAAUAUAGAUCAACACAUUUAUUUGAAUGCACUCUUACUAGAGCAAGGUUUAUCUCAAACACAGCUUCAGUCACCUGCAAGUAUGGCAUCGGCUGUGUCUACCUCAGAUGUAGAUCCUGUAGCCUCAAACGAUGACAGUAAAACUGAUAGUGUCUAUUUCGAAUUAGAGAGAGAAGAUUGUUCAGACGAAGAAGCUAGUGAUGAGGAACAGGAACCUCAUUGUGAGGACCAUGACUAUGAGUCUUAUUCACAUGUCUAACUACUAGGAUUGUAAAGCAUAGAAAUAAUUGAGUAUUUUCAAGUAUGGCGGAUAACUAUAAAUAGCUGGCUAUUUGGUGUCUCCGGUAUGCAAAAACUUGGAAGUGAUGAUUAGCAAUGUAUUUUUAGAAUGUAUACGGUACUUUUUAUGCACUUUUUAUUCCCGUAAAAUCAAAUUUCUAAGCACUUUGGAUUGUAGAACAAACUAAUUGGAAUUCUUUAGUUGGUGACAGUGAUUUUUUAAUAUAUAGUGUACUUGACAUUGUUUCAAUUGUGAAAAUUCUUGAUUCCUACAUCCAAUGUUGUAUUAUGCUCUGUUGAAUAUGUGAAACAUACUCUUCAUAAAUCAAUGGCGUAGAAACGUAUCAGUAAACCCGGGUUCAGGAAUAUGACGGCGCCUCAAUCCCCACCCAACAAAACGAGUCAUACUGUAUCGUUUGCAACGGCAUUCCAGAUAUGUACCACCAUUUUACAAGUAACAGUAUCACGAGAUUUAAUGCUUGUCUUCUUAAAAACUAAAAAUGGGGUAUCUUCCAAUGAUGUAUGCGGGUUAUAUUAGCCAAGGGUUUAGCGAAAUUAGUAUCACUAUGUAGGUUAAAUGAGUAGCCUGAUACAUUUAAUACUUAUUAAAUGGUAUAAGAUAUGGUGCUUUAUCACGUGAUUCAUUCAUGGAUUUUUUGUUAGUGCCUAUAGAUUGAUGUGAUGUUUAAAAAAAGUGAUUGCCUUUUUGUAUAUUAAAAAAGAAAACAUUUUCAGAAGUUGGAAUUAAAUUGUAUGUAAAAAUGUAUAUUAUAAUGUCAAAACAUGUCAAAAGUUUAAAACAUAAAAACGGAAGAUAAACACUGCCUGACAACUCCUACUUGUCGGGUGUCUCCCAAAGUGAUUAUGGCCCUUUGUAGCUGGUUAAGUUGAAUUGUAUAGGGUUGUAUCUAACAUCAAAAGACCAAAAGACUAAUAGCUAUUUCAAUAACAGAUUAUAUUUCUCCUAGCAUUGUUAAUGUGAUUCUAGUUAACCUUCCUGAAUCAAAAUGUCAUUAUGUUUAAUUUUGACAUUUACAUUAACGUUUAUUAAGAUCUCUAGUUAUACACAAGUUUAUCAUUAUAAUAAUAAUAAUAACAAUAAUAAGAGUUUCUCGAGUCAGCCGAUCACUUACUAUUCUACCAUAGGACUAUUUUGGUGGAUUUUAAUCUCAUCUUAUCUUAUAUAAUACAGACGUUACUUCAAAAAAAGAAGAUGAUUACGUCCUACGCGUCAUGCAUAUUAACCAAUGACUUAAAUUCUGCCAAGUCACUGAUUUUCCUGGCCAGCUCAGCCAACCCAUUCCAUGCUCUAAUAGCACUAGGGAAGAAGGAGUAUUUGUACAAAUUUGUCCUAGCAUACUGGACGAAGGGUGUGACUUUAUCUUUGUGUCUUUCAGAGUAUUUUAUUAAGUUUUGUUUUUGUAUUUGAAGAUUAUGGUUCAGUGUUUUAUGUAUAAUCGCCCUGAUCUGCUUUUUUUUUGACAAAAAAGAAAAAAAAAACGCUACCAUCACUGACAUCGUCGUGUCACUAUCCUAUAAUAUAAGGAGAACUGUAAUAGAAAUUCAUAGAAAAUAUGGGAACGUAAGCUUGUAGAUAAAGCGGUUAUGAAAGUUAUCUAAAAUAACUAUAUACCAUGUUGCUAUAUCAACUAAGGGGAUGAUGACAACUGACCUUACAGAUACCCUUAACACCCCUAAAAAGUAUUCACAGUAUUCACGAUAUUAGUAUCGACAUCAAUACAAACCUAUUACGCUCUAAAACAAAAAUUAAUACAAAAAUUACAAAAAUCACAUUUUGUGUUACAAAGGUAUUGUACUUAUUUUAUGACUUCCGGAUAAAGUGUCUGAGUAUUUCAGAACAAAGGAAAAUCAACUGCUGUCUGUUUCUAUUAAAUUAUGUUGAAUGUCCUUGUAAAUAAAUCUUUGUUGAAAUAUCA